AUGGAGGAAAUACUUUCUGUACCAAUACCGGCUAGAAAGAUAUUUUGGGAAGAUGUCUGCCCCGCCGAGAAGCCGCAGGUGGUUGACCAUUACGUUGCUACUGUUGGUGUUGGGACUACCAGCACAAACACUGAUGAUAUAUCACAGUCUCUUCGAAACAACGCGGAACCGUUCGAGAAUAUGCAAAGGAUUAUUAAAUGCCAUAAAAAGCUGAAGGAUUUUGUAGAUAUGUACAACAAUAUGUUUGAGCAUCUUUCAUUCCUGACGUUUAUUAUCUCAGUCGCAAUGUUGGCAGAUCAGUAUAUUUAUUUUAACAAGAUACUGACACCAACGUUUGGCACAUUGGUGGUAAGACAAUAUACUGAAACUUAA